CAAGAGCUGCCUGGAGCAGAAGUCCUGCUAGUCGCCUCCGUCUGGGUACCAGCCCCCCAUUACUCCGCAGGCGUGUGAAGGAAGAAGGAAACUAGCCCCGGACCGCGAGCGGAGAGAACCGGCGGACUUUGGGUGGGGGUGAGGCGAGUGGAUGGCGGUUGACAGAGACUCCGAAGCAAGGUGCCACACUCAGGGUACUCGUGUCCCGAGUCCUGCUCCGUCCACCAAGCACUCCGUCCCCUCGGUUCCCUGCCUGUUUGCAGGUUUAUAGGGUCUGUUGGCCCAUAGGUCGCCUCAAAAGUCGUGCCGAGGGAAGGAGCCAACUGCCUUGGGACCGUGCAGGUCCGUGUGAAGUUCUCCAAAGCCAGCUGUCUUUCCGACCUUCUGCCAGACUGUCCAUCAAUCUCCGUGGAAGGAGUACUGACAACAGAAGACGAGGGAAGAAGAAGAAAUUUACCUGACAUUGGUAGAGAUUCAUCACAAGGGAGCUACAGGAGCCCUGGAGAGGCUGAAGAGGACUACGCUCCACCAUUACUCACCCUGGCCCUAAGAAUCCUCCUCAAUCAGGUGGAACAAGGCCCUCUCCUGUCCUGUCCAAAGGCUGGCACGGACUUGAGCAUGGGCCGGGCUCGGGAAGUGGGUUGGAUGGCAGCAGGACUGAUGAUUGGGGCUGGUGCCUGCUACUGUGUUUACAAACUAACCAUAGGAAGAGAUGACAGUGACAAGUUGGAGGAGGAGGAAGAGGAAUGGGACGAUGACCAGGAGCUGGAUGAGGAAGAACCUGAGCUUUGGUUUGAUUUCACAACUAUGGCUCGGCCCUGGAGUGAGGAUGGGGAUUGGACUGAACCUGGGGCCCCUGGUGGCACUGAGGACAGGCCCUCAGGUGGGGGCAAGGCCAACCGAACACACCCAGUAAAACAGCGCCUAUUCCCCUAUGAACAUAAAAAUUCUUGGAGCACUCAAAGCUUUAAAAAUUUCAGGUGUGUACUUGACCUCUCUAAGUGUCCUUUCAUUCAGGGAAAAAUGUGGUUUGCUCAGCCCAAGGAUGCUGGUUUUUCAUUUAGCCAUGGUAUCAAUCGUCAUUCGACCAGCCUCUGCGUUGUUGGAAGCACGAUCCCCACUCCCGACCCCGCUAUUAAGGAGAAGGCUUUCUGUGCUCUGGAUAACUUAAAUGCAAGGGUUGAAAACCAGGGCCAGAUUAAGAUGUCCAUCAGUGGAGUGUGUCGGGAGACUGUGUCACAUUGCUGCAACUCAUUUCUGCAGCGGGCCGGAUUCAAUUUGUUAAUAAGCAUGACAGUUAUUAAUCACAUGCUUGCCGAGUCCGUUUCAGACUUGAAGUUCCCUUUGAUAUCCGAGGGAAGUGGAUGUGCCAAGGUUCAGGUUUUGAAACUGUCGAUGGGUUUGUCUGAAAAGCCAGUCUUGGCAGGGGAAUCGCUGGGUGCCCAAACGCUGCUCUCAUUCGUGUCCCUCUUGAUCAGGAACGGAAACACACAGGCUCUCCCCGACACCCUGGCCUCUUAGAUGGCCGCCUCGAGCGGAGCGGAACGGAACGGGACGGAAUCCACCCAAAAGCCUGCUGGUGAACACACCCUCGUGUUCUCAUUCAAAGAGUCUGCAGUGGGUGCUGUUGGAGAUCCAGCCUUAGCCAGUCACCGCAUCACGGGGUGCAAGUUACACUUGCUACGUGGAGGACCACACUCUUCUGGGCCAGGCAGGGGUCCCCCCAGAGCUCGGAGUAACUUCUUGGUUUUGCAGUCUGCAGGCCGUGUGCGCUGUCGGUUACUCCCUUGCGGCCUUCCUCCUGCGGCAAAGGGAUCCUUUCAGCCGCCAGCCGUGGCUACGGAACAUCCUCUAAGAGCAUGGCGAGGGAGGCCUUGCCCGUGGCGGUCUCCCUGUCCAAGCCGGGCCGCUUUGUGGAGACCAGACACGUGUCGGGGCUCGUGCUGGAAACGCAUCUGUUGCCGCUUAGGUCGAAUUCUUUCCCAUUUACUCCUUCUUCUAUGCGAGUUGAUGGACGGAGAACCUGUGCGUCCACGAAGGACACGCCCCUUGUCUGUGCUGUGCUGACUUAACCUCAUCCACCCAGGCCUACGUUUGUAUGUAUCAUCAAUAAAGUUGUGCGCUUUGAUUGGCGAAAA